AUGGCGACCGCAGGACAAGGAUUGGCAGCUCAAGGUCCUCCAUAUCCUCCACAACACCAAGGCUUGGGAGGCCGGCCGACGAUUCUCCCAGAUGUACCUAUCAGCGCAGUCUUCCUUGCGUUGUUCACCCUCGGUGCGGUAGGACAUAUGGGGUUGUUCCAGAUCAAUAUGCGGAAACGACACAAGAAGUUCGCGUUCAAUGCUGCGACUUUCGGUUUCUGCCUCACAAGAAUCGUCGCAACCUCACUCCGAAUCGCAUGGGCCUAUCAUCCAACUAACAUAAGUCUCGCCAUGGCCGCGCAGAUCUUCGUCUACGCCGGCGUGCCCAUCCUCUUCAUCACGAACCUCUUCUUCAUCGAGCGCAUCGUCCGAGCGCAACAUCCACGAUUCGGCUGGUCGAAGCCCUUCUCCAUCUGGCUGCCCAUCUUCGUCGGUAUCCAGAUCAUCACAAUCUUCGCCCUGAUAACCGCUGUUGUCGUUCAGUUUUACAAGCCGGAUGAACUGUCUCAAAGGUGGACUAGAGGCGUCCAACUCUACGGCGCAACACUCUUCGGCCUCGCUGCGAUUCUCCCGAUCCCCAUGGCGCUCGUCUCAUGGGUUGCGAAGACACACCCCGAGUUAAAGGAAGUCCCCACGGACAACUUCGGCGAAAAAGGCUCCAUCCUCACCAAAACCCUCCUCCUCCUCGUGACCGCAGUCCCCCUCUCCCUCGGAGCCUGGUACCGCGCCACAACCUCCUACCUCGACCCCCUCCCCUCCGCGAACCCAACCCCCUGGUACUUCUCCAAAGCGGCCUUCUACACCUUCAACUUCACCAUCGAAAUCCUCGUCGUGCUCUUCUGGCUCGGGAUCCGCAUCGACAGAUUCUUCAUCGUGCCCGACGGCUGCAAGGGACCGUAUUCCUACGGCAACGGCACGGUCUUCGCGGGCGAGUAUGGGAAUGAGAAACCGGCGUUGACGUACGACUCGCGGAGGAAUUUGAAUUCGGACUCGCAGUCUCGAAGGGAUCAAGGCCUCUUUUCAAUGCUCUUGAUGUUGCACGACACCUGA